AUGCAGUGCUAUAAACUGUCGCCGAAGAGGGAGAACUCGGAGCAUGUUUAUGAGAUGGAGAUGAUAGGUGGUAGACGUCUGGAGCUGCCCGCGCCUCCCGGGAAGGAGUUCCGUGCUCCGUGCCUGGUGCCGGCUCCUCCUCCUCCGCACUCCGUGAUCCAGUGCAUGCGGCCACCACCACCACCUCCUCCACCACCUCGUCUCCAUAAACCACCAGCCUUCGAGGAACCGUCCAGCUCCAUUCCAGACUUAGGUUAG